AUGGCGGAAACUGAAUUAAAGAAUUUACAAGAAUGCAAGACCAUUGGUAUAAUUGGUCUUGGGGAUAUGGGUUACUUGUACGCCAAACGCUUUAGCGAUGCUGGGUGGAAAGUUGUUGGGUGUGAUAGGGAAGACUUGUAUGAAACCACUAAAGCAAAGUUUGCCGAUGAAAAGUUUGAAAUAUUGAGAAAUGGGCAUUUUGUAUCGAGAAUUUCAGAUUACAUUAUUUACAGUGUUGAAGCAGAAAAUAUUGAAAAAAUUGUGUCAAUCUAUGGUCCCUCAACCAAAUUUGGGGCAAUAGUGGGUGGACAAACAUCAUGUAAGGCACCAGAGAUAGCAGCAUUUGAAAAACAUUUGCCUGAAGAUAAUGAAAUUAUUUCCCUUCAUUCACUACAUGGACCCAAAGUGAACACUACGGGACAACCCUUAGUGUUGAUAAAGCAUCGUGCCACUGACAAAUCGUUUGAAUUUGUGGAAGCUUUAGUUUCGUGUUUGAACUCGAAACAAGUGUACUUGACGGCUAAAGAACAUGAUAGAAUAACAGCAGAUACCCAAGCAGUGACACAUGCUGCGUUUUUAUCCAUGGGAGUCGCGUGGAAACUGGUGAAUCAAUAUCCAUGGGAGACACCGAGAUGGAUAGGGGGUAUUGAGAACGCAAAGAUAAAUAUCUCAUUAAGAAUAUUUUCAAAUAAAUGGCACGUCUACGCUGGCUUAGCAAUAACUAACCCUUCAGCACAUGAUCAGGUGUUACAGUAUUCCAAGUCAACCACAGAACUAUUUACCUUAAUGAUACAAGGAAAAAAGAAAGAGUUAACAGAGAGAUUAACAAAAGCAAAACAAUUUGUCUUCAAAUAUAUUACCAACCAUCAUGAUUUGUUAUUGGAUGACAAUAUCUUGCAAAAGUUUUCUUUGAGCAAAACUCCACCAGAGGGGAAACAACCAAAUUCCCAUUUAUCGUUAUUGGCUAUUGUUGAUAGUUGGUACAAUUUAGGAAUUGUCCCGUACGACCAUAUAAUUUGCUCGACACCAUUAUUUAGAAUUUUUUUGGGGGUCACUGAGUAUGUGUUUUGCACUCCUGGGUAUUUGGAAGAAAGUAUAGAUGUGGCUGUUAAUGAUACUUCGUUCAGACAGGACGAUUUAAAUUUCACUAUUGCAGCACAAACUUGGUCCAAUAUCAUCAGCUUUGGAAAUUUCGAAUUGUACAAACGUGAAUUUGAAGAUACCCAGAAUUUUUUCCAGCCUAUGUUCCAAGAGGCAAAUGCUAUCGGUAAUGAAAUGAUCAAAACCAUAUUAGAAAGAGUGAAAGAAAGAGAAUGCUGA